UUUUAGGAGAGUUGAAGAGGACGUAACGAAGUCUUAUCGCUGAAGAUGCCAAAAUCAAAACGUGAAGUGGAUGUAUCUUUAACUCGGGUUAAAAAAAAGACAAAAGAGCAGAAGAUAAAGUUAGCUGAUGAAAUACGAAAAUGUGUUGAUACAUACGAAAAUUUAUUUGUUCUCGAAAUUGAAAAUAUGCGCUCUACGAAAUUCAUCGAAAUUCGGCAAAAAUAUAAAAAUAAUUCACGUUUCUUCUAUGGCAAAAAUAAUGUCAUGGCAAUAGCACUGGGCAAAAAUCCAUGCACAGAAUAUGCGCAUGAAUUGAAUAAGGUCAGUGGCUUGUUGAAAGGAGAAUGUGGUUUGAUGUUCACAAACGAAGAUCACGAAAUUAUUAAAAAAUAUUUCGAUGAAUUAUAUACGUUAGACUUUGCUCGAUGUGGACAAGUUGCAGCUAGUACGAUCGAACUAUGUGAGGGACCGCUAAUGCAAUUUCCGUUUUCUCUGGAACCACAGCUCAGGAAGCUCGGCUUGCCAACGAAAUUGGAGAAAGGUAUAGUGACGUUAAUCUCUCAUUACACUGUUUGCAAAGACGGUGACAAGUUAACAGCCGAUCAGUGCAGGUUACUGAAGCUUCUUAAUUACAAAUUGUCUACAUUUCAUGUAAAACUUUCUGCUCAUUGGUCUAAACACAAAGGUUUUACAUACAUUACUUAAUAUAUCUUUAUCAUUAUAUUUCCAGUGUCUCGAAAUGUUCCAUCUUGCCUUCCACAGUGUAAGGUGCUAGAAUCUUGAAUUAGAAAAAUGUACAUGUAUGGUCACGGAAUUUUCUAUUGCUGUUUCAUCCAGAAGAUGAGCGUGUAUGCACUGGAUUAUGUUUUUUCGUUACUGCUCACUGGAAGUUGUUUCUUUCGUUGUCGUUGUUGUUAAUAUGUCUACCUUUGAUACGUAAGCUGUUUAGAAUCAUUUGAAACUAAUGAAAUAAAUGAUUGAAUAAGUGUGGAAUAUGCAUAUAACGUG